UGGUCGAAGGGUGGCGGUGGUGAUGUAGUUGAACCACCGUCGACGAAACUACCCUCAGUCUGAAAGACACCGCGGAGCUUUGCGGACGCGCGCGCGCUCCCCGCCUCCCCUUUCUCGUGUGUGUGUGUGUGCCGUGUGCGCGCGCGUGCGUGCGUGCGUGUGGUGCGUGCGUAACAGGCUCUCGCUACAAGGGAAGAAAACGAAAGGAAGAAAGGAAAAUGAAAAAAGAGAGAUAGGAUUGUUACCGAGAAUAAGACAUCUGAUGACAGUGCUUAGAUCUAACGCGUAUAUUUUUAUUCGCGAGAAAACCUAACGAGAAAAAUUUUUAUCUUCGUGGAAAACAAUAUUCGGCGAUUAGAAAGGAGAACAAAGAGAAUAGAUACGACGUUUAUCGUGGCCUCUACAUUGAGACAGAAAGAAAUAGAAAAGGAGAGAGAGAGAGAGAGGGCAAAAAGAGGGUCAGAGUCAGCGAUCUCUUUUGAUCAUUUGCCAGGAACUCUUCCGAGUGACAUAACGCGCGAGCAUAGCAAAAGAAUCACACGUUCGUACUCGAACCUUCUUCGAUAAUUUCUUUAUAAACGAGAGAGAGAGAGAGAGAGAGAGAGAGAGAGAGAGAGAAAUAGAGAGAGUGAGUGAGAGAGAGAGAGAGAGAUAAAUAGGAAUACAUAGAAUAAUACGAAGAAUGAACGGUGAAAAAAGAAAAAAGGACAAAUUAUAUCGGUGAGAUUCUUUUCUCUCACUACGUUGUCAUUUUUCUUUUCUUCCUUUUUAAAAAUUUUUUAGUUUAUCCUCCAAACACCUGUCUCUCUUCUGCUCUUUGUUGUCCAAUGAACAACCAUCAUUACCAGGAUCGAACGUGUCUACACGCGAUCGCGUAACCGCGUGGAAUUGGCUAUUAAAUUCGCGCGAUUGGAUCGAGCGUGACGAUUGGUUGUUAUUCGUUAAUCGUCGUCAUUGUCAUUGGUGCGUUUUCUCUUCCGACUAAGUAUUAAUCACUUUUGAUGUGAUCGUAUGUAGUACGCAGUACAAGAAGAAAAAUAAAAAGAAGUAAGAAGAAUUUCUUCAUCGAUUUUUCUUAUUGAAACGAUCAAUUUCGUCAAAAUCAAAAAGAAGAUCGACAAUCUUUUUAUCAUCGAACGGAUGGACUUGGAAAAAUCGAAGAAGAACGGAGGACGACGUGAACAAUGAUGACGAUUAGUGCUCGUCGAUGCUGAAGUAGCUAUGAAGUACUGAAGUAGAGUCUUCUACUCGAGCUAGCGGAUGAAGAGAGUCGCGAAGUGAAGAUGAGAGUUCGUAAAAGUUGAAGGAGGAAGGAAAACCUACACAACGAACAGCAACAACCUGCCUCGUCCAUUGCGACCAGCCACAUAUCUCACGUUAAGAUGACAUAGAAUGGGUUGGGUGGUGCUAGGGCGGUGUGCGGGUGGUGGCGGCCGCCUCUCGUCCAUCCUCUCGCUGUCUCUCACCUCCCUUGCAAGUUCCCUCAUCUUUACCAUCCUCUGUAUCCUCACACUCGCCCUCACUCUUGCCAGUCUCGUGCGUGCCGAGAACAACAUCUUCGAGGAGGGCAAAUCGGACAAGGAGAUUCUGGACGAUCUGCUGCAGACGGCGCGUUACGACAAGCGGCUUCUGCCCCCGGUCCAAGGUACACUGAGGCCCCCGCCCCACACCCGCCAAGACGACUACACCCCUGACCUCGUACCCAAUGACCCCGACCAUCCAGAGCACCUCGAACAUCACCGGCACCGCUACCACCACACAGCACCACACAACCACAGCUCACUGCUCACCCCUCGUCGAAAGGGAACCUUGACCGUCAACGUGAGCGUGUUGCUGCUGAGCCUGGCCUCACCCGACGAAUCCAGUCUGAAAUACGAAGUGGAGUUUUUGCUGCAGCAACAGUGGUUCGAUCCGCGGUUGCGUUAUAGCAACAGAUCGCGAUACGAAUUCCUUAACGCGAUUCACCAUUACGACAAAAUCUGGCUGCCGGAUACGUAUUUUAUAAUGCACGGCGAUUUUAAGGAUCCCCUUAUACCGGUUCAUUUCGCUCUGCGAAUAUACCGCAAUGGCACCGUCAACUAUCUUAUGCGGCGUCAUCUAAUCCUAUCCUGCCAGGGUAGACUCAAUAUCUUCCCAUUCGACGACCCACUGUGUUCAUUCGCUAUCGAGAGCAUAUCGUACGAGCAGACGGCAAUCACGUACGUCUGGAAGAACGACGAGGGUACGUUACGAAAAAGUCCGAGCCUGACGUCAUUGAACGCUUACCUCAUUAAGAACCAGACAAUCACGUGUCCGAUUAAAGUAAGCUGGCGAGCUGAAGGACAAAUCAUCGACUACGAGGACGAGUUCGAUGAGUUCGGGGACUCUAAGUGUUCGCUGUGCCAGCGCAGGUUUGAGGAGCAAGGUAACUACAGCUGCCUGAAAGUGGAUCUAAUCUUCACCCGGGAUCGUGCCUUCUACUUCACGACGGUUUUCAUCCCGGGUAUCAUUUUGGUCACCAGCUCGUUCAUCACGUUCUGGCUCGAGUGGAACGCUGUACCGGCACGCGUCAUGAUCGGCGUAACAACCAUGUUGAAUUUCUUCACGACGUCCAAUGGUUUCCGCGGAACGCUGCCGGUGGUUUCAAAUCUGACCGCCAUGAACGUUUGGGAUGGCGUCUGUAUGUGCUUCAUUUAUGCGAGCCUUCUUGAAUUUGUCUGCGUGAAUUACGUUGGCCGCAAACGACCGAUGCACAACGUCGUCUAUCGUCCCGGCGAAAAUCCCGUCACCCAGCGGCUUCCAGCGGUGCUCAGCAGGAUAGGAAUUAUAUUGGCCAGCCCCUUGACCCUGUCGCAGGGUAAAAAGAAGCGAGAGGGUGGACCUCCAACUGGUGGUGGAACGGGACCGAACGAGAUCGUUACUUGUACCAAUUGUGGCCCAAAUCCUUGCACGCACACGGCCACCAACGGAUGCACAGCUGAGAUACGAAAGAAAGAACCACCGCAUCCUAUAAGAGUUGCUAAAACGAUCGAUGUUAUAGCGAGGAUUACCUUCCCAGUCGCCUACUUCAUGUUCCUUACGUUCUUCUUCAUCCAUUACAAGGGCAGCUCGUAGAGCAGCAUUGAUGAAUGGACAUACACGAUCAAUUGACGACGAAGGAUCGAAGAGAUCAAUGAAAUUCUUCGAUCGUUAAUAAAUAAUAAUGACGACGAUAGAUAAUGCCGACAAUGCUCAAGAUUACAAUUACGAUUACGAUUACGAUUACGAUUACAAUUACGAUUAUGAUUACGAUUACUAUGUAAACGAUGACGAUAUUUAUAUAUCGUCUGUUGUUAAGCAUCAUCUCUAUCUCUUUCUCUCUCUCUCUCUCUCUCUCUCUCUCUCUCUCUCUCUCUCUCUCUCUCUCUCUCGUUUAACAGGAGGACGCCUUUCGAUGUAUAUAUGAGCAACAAGCAUGUGUUGUUCGUAAUCAUAUUAUGAUGUCCGACCAAAUUGUGAGUCCGAAAAUAGAAAGGGAAAAGUAAAAAAAAAGAAAAGAAACAGUGCGAAGGGUUGAAAAAAAAACAAAAAGAAUUAA